AUGGCCGAGAAACCCUCAGUCCUGAUUAUCGGGGGGCUGGGCUACAUCGGUCGCUUCCUGGCCCGCUACAUCCACGACAAUGACCUCGCAUCAGAGGUCCGCGUUGUCGACAAGGCCUUGCCCCAACUCGCAUGGCUUGCUCCCGAAUUCCAGGACGCCUGCGCCGGCAGCAAAUUCAUGCAGGCCGAUGCAAGCAGAGAACAAGCCCUAGCAAAGAUAUUCGACCGCGCCGACGGCAAACAGUGGGACUACGUCUUCAAUUGCGGCGGCGAGACGAGAUAUUCGCAAGAGGAUGAGGUUUACAAGUUGCGCUCUCUCGGCCUGUCGCUUGCCGUUGGUAAGGAGGCAGCCAAGCGCAAGGUCAAGGCCUUCAUCGAGCUCAGCACCGGCAUGGUCUACAAGUCAGACUCGUCACCGAGCAAAGAGGGCGACAAGCUGAAGCCUUGGAGCAAGAUUGCCGUCUACAAGCUGCAAGCCGAGGACGAGUUGGCAAAAAUUGAGGGACUGAAUCUCAUCAUUGUGCGUUUGGCACACGUCUACGGCCCGUACGCGUCGCAAUGGGUCGCAACGGCACUUUGCAUGGCCCGUGUCUACCAAUACCUGGAGAGCGAAAUGAAGUGGCUGUGGGACAAGGGCCUCCGACAGAACACGGUACACAUUACAGAUGCCGUACGAGCCCUUUGGGAUAUCACGGCGUGGUACAGCAAAGGCAAGGACAAGUGGGAUGCUAAGACCAUGGGCAAGGUGCCCACGUUUAACGUUGUCGACAAGGGCAUCACCACACAAGGCACCAUGUCCGAGAUUAUUGGCGACAUCUUCAAGAUCGAAACGGGAUUCCAGGGACAACUUAUCAGCACAUUCGCGCGUCUGAACAUGGACAGCGUCGUCGACGACGUCAAUGACGAGCUCAUGGGACCAUGGGCCGAAUUGCUCGAGAAGGCGGGCAUCGCGCGGCCGGGACCUCUUACGCCCUUCAUGGAGAAGGAGCUGUUGAAAGAUACGGAUUUGAGCAUGGACGGUAACCGCUUAGAACAGGUUGUUGGCUUCCAGUACGAAAAGCCCAAGUUGACCAAGGAAUUGGUCGAGGAGGUGAUUGAGAGCUACAAGACGAUGAACUGGUGGCCGUGA